AUGCGUGUAUGUGUGUGCGUGUUACCCUUGCUUUUGCUGGGAACGAACAUGAUGUACAUUUGUGUGCUGGGUCAGAGGGAUGCUUUGGUGGCCGGACCCCCCAACAGCAUCGCAACAGCUUCACCUUCUAAAAAGCAUCAUCCGCAGGACACACGGCUCAAAAAAGGUCCAGAGAAUCGCAGAAUCGCACAGGUGUCUGACGCUUCUGAACGUCUCAUCCAGCUUCAGCGUUGUAUGCUACAACAUGAAUCGGUGGUUUUGAGUCAGACAGACAGCUCUGAAUCGAUUGUAGGCUUUUUGGCUCUUAUGGCAGCAGUGCUUACAGAAUGUGACCUCCGCUGCCAUAGUCACAGACUUAAAGAGUUGACCACCAGACUCGAAAGUGUGGUGGGCCGGGGUGGAGAGAAAGACUUGCUGCUGUUGUUGAAGAGUAUCACACGUUCCACACCUAACAGCCCCAAACCAAGGACACCUACAGUUCCUCCCUCCGCAGGCCUUUACCCUCAAGACUGUCAAGAGAUCUACCAGCUAGGAAUCAAAGAGAAUGGAAUUUACACCAUACAACCUGAUCCAAAGCAGCCAGCGCUGGAGGCUAUGUGUGACAUGACUUCAGCUGGAGGGGGAUGGACAGUGUUCCAGCGUCGGUUUGAUGGACAAACUGACUUUAAUCGAACCUGGCAGGAAUACCGUGAUGGAUUUGGCUCACCGCAGACAGAGCACUGGUUAGGCAAUGCAGUUCUCCAUGCCCUGACCUCUAGUGGCCAUCACACACUCCGCAUCACCCUUCAAGACUGGUACGAACAGAAGCGCCACGCAAACUACAACACCUUUAAAGUGGCAGGAGAAAACCAAAGGUUUCGCAUCACUGCUCGAGAUUACUACGGUGAUGCUGGCAACGCUCUCAGCUAUAGCAGACAGUAUAAUCACGACGGCAGAUCUUUCAGCACAUUUGAUCGGGAUAAUGACCGAUAUGCCGCUGGUAACUGUGCCCGCUACUAUGGUGCAGGCUGGUGGUUUGACUCCUGUUUGGCUGCUAACCUUAAUGGACGCUACUACAAUGGGCGUUACACUGGCAUCACAGAUGGAAUCUACUGGGGCACCUGGUAUAUCCUGACUGACUAUCGCUCAGGGGAAAGAUACUCAUUCAAAAGUGUUGAAAUGAAAACAAGACCCAAACGGAGCUAGGGCAGACUUGAAUUUGUAUUUUUUCUAAUGACAUUGUAAGAAUAUAAUCUUGUGAUUUUUGACGUGUAUAGAUAUUCUUCCUUGCACUGUGUGUUUCAGGGGUUUUCAAAGUGGGAUCCGGGGGUCCUCAAUCCUUAGCCAGGGGGUCCGUGAAAUAAUUUGUUAUAAACAAUAUAAUUGUUCUGUAGGGAUAUUUACAUGUCAGUCUUGAUACUGUUCAUUUAAGGAAAACUUUUAAGAUCAUUAAAAAGUAUAACUGUUUAGUCUUAAUGUAAUUUGAACAAAACAACCCACAAGUUAAAUUAACAUGAUUCAGAAGAGAUUGUGUUUUUGUUAAUCACUAUGAAACGUAUGUAAAAAUAUGCUUUAAUAUAAGAAUAUGCUUAGUAACUCUGUUAAGGCGUUUCUUGAAAAAUAUUCUCCCCUGUCCGCAAAAAGGUUUUUGAACCGCUGGUGUAGCCUAAUUCACUUCAAAUGUUUUAUAAUGGACUGUUAAUUAUAUUGUAACCUGGACCUGCAAUUAUAGUAAACUUUUUUAUUUGAAGAUUUCAGUGGUAUGAUAUAAGAAUGUUUAUAAACGUUUUCUUACGCAAUAAAUUUUAAAUGCCACAAUGUAAGCUGUGUGAACUCCUUGCAUGUCUCUAUUUAUA